AAACCCUGAAAUUACCCGGAUGUGGUCUCCGCUCGCGCAUGCUCAGUGGCCUCUCGACAAGUUGGCAGCAACAACACGGCCCUGCUCGCUGCCGCCGCUGCGGUAACGGAGCGGCUCGGGUGGCAGAGCCUGUGAUCGCGCCCGCCCGCUCUCGCCGGGAGGCCCGGUCCCGCCCGCCCCUCGGCUCCACGGCCGCCCAGGGGACGGGAACGGGAGAGGAGAGUCGGGCGCCCAGCUCGAGGGUCUCCCCGCCGCGGGGCGGCCCGGCAGCUCGAGGCGGUCCGGCCCGCGCGGGCAGAGGCGCGGCGCCCAGAGGGGCGGCCUGAGCGGGACGGCCGGGCGGGGGCCGAGGCGCCUCCUGGCCGCCGGGGGAGCCGCGGGCCCGGCGCCCCCGUGGACGAGCAGCCGCCGGAGGAGCGUGGACGCCCCUCUCCAUCGUCCCAGCCCAGGUUAUCAGGAAUACCACAUGUCUAACAAUUUGCCUUGCAACAUUAGCCAUUAUUUCUCACUGCCUCCAAAAGAUCAAAAUUGUUCCAGAAGGUGGAGACAUACUUGAUUUCAAAAGAAUAACUUUAACAAAUGGACACUAUGUCUAUUACGAAUACACCAACAAGUAAUGAUGCCUGUCUGAGCAUUGUGCAUAGUUUGAUGUGCCAUAGACAAGGCGGAGAAAGUGAAACAUUUGCAAAAAGAGCAAUUGAAAGUUUGGUAAAGAAGUUGAAGGAGAAAAAAGAUGAAUUAGAUUCUUUAAUAACAGCUAUUACUACCAAUGGAGCUCAUCCUAGCAAAUGUGUCACCAUACAGAGGACGUUGGAUGGAAGACUGCAGGUGGCUGGUCGGAAAGGAUUCCCUCAUGUGAUCUAUGCCCGUCUCUGGAGGUGGCCUGAUCUUCACAAAAAUGAACUCAAACAUGUUAAAUAUUGUCAGUAUGCAUUUGACUUAAAAUGUGAUAGUGUCUGUGUGAACCCGUAUCACUAUGAACGAGUUGUAUCACCUGGAAUUGAUCUCUCAGGAUUAACACUGCAGAGUAAUGCCCCACCAAGUAUGUUGGUGAAGGAUGAAUACGUUCAUGACUUUGAGGGACAGCCGUCAUUAUCCACUGAAGGUCAUUCAAUUCAGACCAUCCAGCAUCCACCAAGCAAUCGCACGUCGUCGGAGACAUACAGCACCCCAGCUCUGUUAGCCCCAUCUGAAUCUAACGCUGCCAGCACCACCAACUUUCCCAACAUUCCUGUUGCUUCCACAAGUCAGCCUGCCAGCAUACUGGCAGGCAGCCAUAGUGAAGGAUUGUUGCAGAUAGCUUCAGGGCCUCAGCCAGGACAGCAGCAGAAUGGAUUUACUGGGCAGCCAGCCACUUACCAUCAUAACAGCACUACCACCUGGACUGGAAGUAGGACUGCACCAUACACACCUAAUUUGCCUCACCACCAAAACGGCCAUCUUCAGCACCACCCGCCUAUGCCGCCCCAUCCCGGACAUUACUGGCCAGUUCACAAUGAGCUUGCAUUCCAGCCACCCAUUUCCAACCAUCCUGCUCCUGAAUAUUGGUGUUCCAUUGCUUACUUUGAAAUGGAUGUUCAGGUAGGAGAGACAUUUAAGGUUCCUUCAAGCUGCCCUAUUGUUACUGUUGAUGGAUACGUGGACCCUUCUGGAGGAGAUCGCUUUUGCUUGGGUCAGCUCUCCAAUGUCCACAGGACAGAAGCCAUUGAGAGAGCAAGGCUGCACAUAGGCAAAGGUGUGCAGUUGGAAUGUAAAGGUGAAGGCGACGUGUGGGUCAGGUGCCUUAGUGACCAUGCAGUCUUUGUGCAGAGUUACUACCUAGACAGAGAAGCGGGGCGCGCACCUGGAGAUGCUGUUCAUAAGAUCUACCCAAGUGCUUAUAUAAAGGUCUUUGAUUUGCGCCAGUGUCACCGGCAGAUGCAGCAGCAGGCAGCCACUGCACAGGCUGCAGCAGCUGCCCAGGCAGCAGCCGUGGCGGGGAACAUCCCUGGUCCAGGAUCAGUAGGUGGAAUUGCACCAGCCAUCAGUUUGUCAGCAGCUGCUGGAAUCGGUGUUGAUGACCUUCGUCGCUUAUGCAUCCUCAGGAUGAGUUUUGUGAAAGGCUGGGGACCGGAUUACCCGAGACAGAGCAUUAAGGAAACGCCCUGCUGGAUUGAGAUCCACUUACACAGGGCUCUUCAGCUCCUAGAUGAAGUACUUCACACCAUGCCUAUUGCUGACCCACAACCAUUAGACUGAGGUCUUCCACUCUUGGAGCCCUAAACAUUAUCAGGAUGGUGGACUAUAAAAUACAAUCCUGUUUAUAAUCUGAAGAUAUAUUUCACUUUUGUUCUGCUUUAUCUUUUCAUACAGGGUUGAAAAAAAUGUGUUUGUUGCCUUGCUCCUAGCAGACAGAAACUGGAUUAAAACAAACAAAAAAAAUUUUUUUUUCUUAUUUAGAAAUUUCAGGCAUGGCUCAGAGCUUGAAGAUCAGGAAAAACACAUUCUUAUUAAAAUCCUUACCAGUCACGUGUGGAGGAAUCAUUCCAAUGCUGGAAAAUUUAGCCCUUUUAAACAUCUUAGAGCCUUUUAUAUGCAGAACAUUGGUGUGUGUUAUUGCUGAUUUUAAAGGCAGAGAAGUUCUCAAAGUUAAUUCACCUAUAUUACUUUGUGUGCAAGUUGUUACUGUUGAACAUACUUUACUCCAAAAUAUUGUGCCAUGUGGGUGAGUUAAUUUUACCAAGAGCAACUUUACUCUGUGUUUAAAAAAUAAGAUGUAAUGUAUUAUUACCUUUUAUCCAAAAAUAUAUUUUGCAAGUUAAACUAUUGAAGUUGAUCUCAAUUCAGACUGUCUUACUUUUAUUUUUGCCAAGGCAAAACACUAAUCUGUGUAUAUAUGGACAAUUCCUUAGAAUUACCUAACCAAAAAUUAGCGUUUAAAAUACAUGUGUUAUUCCUGUUGGAUAACUAUCAAGAAAUAUACUUUUGCCCUAUUAAAUAGUAGAUGUAUUUCUAGGCCCAAGGUUGCAAGGAAGCUGAGAAGAGGAAUUUCUUUCCUUCAUUAAUUCAUAGGGAAAGAUUUUGUAUUUUUAAAACACUAAAAGCAGUGUCACUCAACCUAAUAUUUCACUGUUCUGCAAAGGUGGCAAUGCUUAAACUAAAUAAUGAACAUUUUGCAAACUGCUAAAUUCUAUGUUAAAUACUGUGCAGAAUAAUGGAACCAUUACAGUUCAUAAUAGGUAGUUUGGAUAUUUUUGUACUUGAUUUGAUGUGUGACUUUUUUUCCCGUAUACUGUUUAAAUCAUGUAUGUUACAGCAUUGUUUAAAAUUCAGUUUUUGUAUCUUGGGGCAAGACUGCAAACUUUUUUAUACCUUUUGGUUAUUCUCAGCCCUUUGCCAUCAAUGAGCAUAUCAAACUGGCAGUGACUUUGUAUAGAGAAUUUAAGUAGAAAAGUUGCAGAUGUAUUGACUGUACCACAGACACAAUAUGUAUGCUUUUUACUUAGCUAGUAGCAUAAAUAAAACCGAAUCUCAACAUAAAAGUUGAAUUCUAGGUUUGCUUUUUAAGUUUUUUUUUUCCUUUUGCACUUUUUGAGUCCAACCUCAAUGGCAAGACACCUUCUACUAAAUGACUGACAACAGCCAGCACUAUUGGGCAGCUUUGGCUUUUUCUCUUAACACUCUACCAGGGCUUCCCUUGGACGUUAGGUAUCAAGCAUAGAGCUAUUUUUAAAACUUUUAUUUUACUGUAGCAAAAGUAUGCCUGAUUGUCUAUAAGAAAAAUAGGUUGUCUACAAGAUACGUAGUGUGAAACAAAGGUCAAGGUUUAUCUUUCAGGUGAUUUUUUACUUUUUGCUUGGAGAGAUUUUUCUAAGUGAAGAAGAUUCUUUAAAAGAUGUUGUAAGUUUGAGAUAUGAGAAACAUUUAUUCAUGAUAGUCAUCCUUACAUCAAAUUAAAUGAACAUAUCUUCUACUUCUUGUUCCGAGGGUCUUAAUAAGCCCAUCCUAGAAGCCAGUGAGAUCGCUGAUUUCUAUGGUUUAUGUAGAUCUUGAUCCAGGCUAUGGGUUUUUUGUUUUGAAAAUAGUUUAAAUCAACUCAUUUGUACUGCCAAGCACCUACAGUUAUUUUUGUUAAAGUCUUAUUAAAGUUUAUAAACAGUUGGUGGUUUAAGUUUUUAUUGGCCUUUUUUUUAAGUGUCUUCAUUCUCUAGAAAUUAAUGAUCUCUUUCAUGUGAGUGUAGCAAAGAGAUUUAGAAUAACAGAUUUUUUCUAAACCCAGAUUUGAUUAGAGCCAUAAGCAAACUCAUUGUCUUUUUUUUUCUAUGUUAAGGGAGUGUCUGCCCCCCCCCCCCAUAAUUUAAUCCGGGGAAAAUAUUUGUUAAGAAAUCUCUUGUUGAGGCCAAGCCACCUGUCUUGGUUUCUUUCUGCUAAGAGCCAUAAAAGUUCUACAAGUACAUAGAAGUACUUGGGUCACUAGCUACUUUAUAUUUGUACCUAGAUAGAGUCACAUGCUUUUGAGAGAGUAUCUAGUAUGUAUAAUCAGUUAUUUCUCAGUGCUCAAUUGUUAAAACAGUGUAACUGUUAUUUAGAGGUGAUCAUCUUUGAUGAGUGAGACAAGCAUCAUUAAAAUGUGUGACUACUUUGUGGGUAGAAUCACUUUCUGCAGUUCUCAGAAUUUGAAUAUUAUGAGGAUAUGGUUCUGGGUUGGUUUUCUCUACCUAGUUCAUAUCUCAAAGACUGUCAAGAUGUUGAAUUUCUGAGUGAGAGAUGCACCACGUAUGUACUUUUAUAAUCCAUUAUGCAGCCCAUUCCACUUUUGUCCAGUGCCUUUCAGUGCAUUUUCAAAGGGAAUCCUUAAUGGUGUUGCCUUGAUCUCCCAGGGAGUAGGUUGUUUGUGAAUAUAGUCUGUCUCAUUUCUUAAUAUACUACCCCUGGUAUACAAAGAUAAUGGUAAUGAAUCACUGCCGAAAGCAUGACCCAUUUCUGUUGGCCUAAUCUCUGAAUAGUCUCCCAUCUCAUUCUUCCAGUAAACAUUGUAGGUUUACAGGAUGGGUAGUCUGGCUAUUUGCUGUAUUGUAUUUCAUAGUUAGGAGCCAAUUUUUGUGGGGAAGGCUGUGGUGUAAAAGAAGGUUUUAGUAAGAAAUAUUUCUUCCAGAGGAUACAUACCUUUUAAAAAAAAGUUUAUUGCAGCUAUCUUCAUCAUGCCUGUCUGGAAAGGAUAAUUUUUCCAUUUUUCCAUGGUACUCUUUAGCUAUCUAGAGAUUAAAGAAAAUAAGGUAAAAUGCUUCUUCUACUCCUGGUUUGGUUGUAACUGAUUUAACAGUUGCUCAUUAGCUGAUAGGCACAGAUUAGUUUGCAUCAGUCUGGAGAACCUUUUGAAAGCUGCAGUUCUAUUCUGAAUAGAGCCGAAUCCUUUUUUUGUUGAUAGUUCCUGUAGUUAAGUCAACUUUGGUGACAUUAUAUUUAAUGAUAGUAUACUGGGAAAAUGGUAAAUUUUAGGUCAGUAGGGUAAAUUACUAUAUGAAAGUAACUACCUAUAAUGUCAGUUAACAGUUCUUGUAGAUGGAGUUUGAGAAUAGCAGACAAUGGAAUGCUGAAGAAAUGCCUCAUUUUCUUUCUAAAGGCAGAACCCUUUAUAUUGCAGACAGCUAUCUGUAAAUUAUCAUCUAAAGCCUCCUUUGCAAGGUUGUGGAGAAUAGACUGAACAUCUUUUGUACAAGCGUUUGCUUUAUUUUCUGGCAACGAGAUAAUUUUCAUUUCUCCUCAGAUAACAGGAAGGGUGUAAAAAUAAAGUCAGUGGCCUUUUUCAUAGCAAUAUUCUCAAGGCCCAGGCUGCUCCCUUGUCCUUGUCCCAGUACUGUGUGAUGUCGGAUGCAGUUUUCAACAUAAUUCCAACUUAAAUUUAAGAAAUUAAACUUGCUUAUUUUGGCUAUUUUGAAUGGAUUACUUAAUAAAUAUUUGAUGAGUAUACUAGUUAAAGCUUUUUUUUUUUUUUUUUUUUUUUUUUUUUUGCCUUGCUGUCUGUCUUCAUCGACUUUGGACCUGCUAAUAUUAGUUGGACUCUUUUGUCUUUACUAAAUGAUCCCAACUUCUAUAGUUUUGAAUUUUAUCUUUGCUGCAUCUUCUCCCAUUCUGACACUAACCACUAACAGUGCACUAUCAGUGCUCUUCCCCAUAGUGUUUUCUUUUUCCAUUCUUUAUUCAUUCUUUCCUGCUAUCCAUUCUUUAUUCAUUCUUUCCUGCUAUUUGGGUAAGGAAACCAGGUAACCAAACUAAGCUGGGCAGGACCCGAGGAGCUUUUCUGUGAAGUGUUGAAAAGGACAUGAGUGUUUAGGUUUGUGACAUUGACUUGACUCUAGAAUGCUUCCUGGCUGAGUUUCAGGUAGUUGAGAUAGGGAGAAGUGAGUCAUCAGACUUUCCAUCUCUGAAAGAUUUUGAAAAUUUAGUUGUUUCCACUUGAAUGCUACUCAUACAAAAACUAGGGUCAGAAGGGUUACCAAAUUAGCAUCAUCAUUAGCCAGAGCCGAACUGUUUGCUAGAGGACACUGGCAAAAAAGCAAACAACAGAAAAUAAAAACAGACCUUGAAAAAUGAGAGGGUCGUUUCUGCCUUGUUUUUAUGUCCCCCUUCAGAUACUAUUUUCUGGCCUUCCACCUCCAUAGAUAUUUUGACCUAUAGGUGCCUUGAUGAACAUCUAACAUCCUGCCCCAGAGUAGCUAAAGUAUUGCUGACAUUUUCAGGGAUUUUUAACAUCAGACUUGAAUGAACGAAGCCUUCUCUGUCUUUCUCUCCCUCUCUGAUUCUCUUGUCUCUCUUUCUCUCCCCCCCCCAUCUCACUCUUGCUGUUUUUCUCUCUUAAUGUAGAGAAGAAAAGUCUGGUGAAGACAGUCAUUUCUCUUUAUGGAUGUGGGUAGUUUUCACAGUGUUUAUUUAGAAUGCUUUUUUUUUUUUUUUCAGUAGGUCCCAGAACCAGUGUUCUCAGUCAGCCUGAAAUUGGUGACUUUGGGUGGGGACCAGGCAUUUAUCCUCUCAAGCUUGUGCUUUGCCACUGACUAGAUGUAUGACCUUGGGCAAGUCUUUUACCUUUGCUGGGCCUCAGUUGCCUCAUCUGUAAAAUGAGGGGGUUGGACUAGAUAAGUUCUUCCAGCUCAGAAGUUCUAAGUGACCUUGCCUACCUUGCAGCAGCUUUUGACUUUUUUUUCCCCUUACUUUUGCUCUGCUGUUUGAGGAGGCUUUUUACUUAUUUCCACUUUGUUCAUAUGAGACUAGGCUUGAUAGUUUACUACUGUUCUCCUAUGGACAAGAAGUUACAUAACAUGCCCUCAAGACUUAAAUUUACCAAAGGCCUAGCACCAUCUUGGGGGUUGCAAUAAAUACUUAAGAAAAAACUAAAGCAGGAACAGAAAAAAGAGAGGGGGGAAAAGCCUUUUCCCAUCAUCUCUACUCAAGGUUUAUUAAGGCUUUUUUUGAGUCAUGGCAUAUAUUCCACCUUUGGGAUUGACGUGUGUGUGACACCUUUUUCCUAGAUACUGUGUGUUCAUAAUUGUUUUUCAACUAACAUGGAUUGAAAACUUACUGUCAAUGCCUAAUAUUACUAGAAGAGGUUGUUACUUUGGGCCUUUGGUUUCUUAAUUAUUCUGUGUUUAAAACAGGAAAAUUCCUAUGGGCUGUAUCAAUUAAAAUGGUUUGUAUGACUCAAGAAAACGGUACCAGUGAACGAUUAUUCAUUUUAUUCUUGGCUCUUUUUAGGUCCAUUUUGAUUAGAAGACUUUGAGCUGGAGUAUCCCUUUCAGAGUUCUUUUCCACUCUGUCCUUGGAUGACUGUAAUGAACUCGACUUUUUCAAGGACCUUGAGCCUUCUUGGGGGGGGAGGUGAGAGUGGGGCAUUGGGGAGUCCUGAUAGAGGCCACUUCCGUUGCAGCUGGGGAGGAAGGGAUGAAACCAGCUGCUGUUGCUAUGGCUGCUUGUCAUUGAUAGAGGGACUCAUGACUUACACUGGUUAAAAGACUAAGUGUGGAGUUGGCAAACUUCCUCUAACCAUUGGGUUUUGGCCAGUGCCAUUUUCCUGUGACUUAAGGACGAGGAGUAUGAAUGCUUAUAGAUGAUGCAAGUCUGGUGGUCUGCAGACCAUUUGGAGGAAGUAAUGAGGGCUUGGGGACAGAUUUGGUGGUGGUAUCUCCCAACUUUGUGUCCUUCUCUGUGUCCUAUGCCAAAACCCAGAAUAGAGCCACACUUAGCUCCUACUUAGGGGAAAACUGGUCUGCUAAAGUUCUGGUAGUUCCUUUGUGGCUUUCUGUAUGCUUUUGCCUGGUUGAAGUCUGUGGCUAAAAAUAGUUGAACCUUUCCUGAGACCUCUGUAACAAAGUAUGUUUUUGAUUAAAAGAGAAAGCCAAUUAAA